GCGAGUGUAGCGAUGCGAGCCUUUGCACCACCAAUGUCAUAGAGUAUGAGAAGGAGAACGAAUUGGCGAAGUAUGGAAUGAAAACAGGCAAGUUUGCAGCAAAAGCUGCAUCAGACAUCCUCAAGGAGAUUCUCAAGAGUGCCAAGGCUAUUGCUCUCAGGGGCACUGUUGCUUUUGCGUUCGUGGGCGCUUUCAUCAGUGCAUUCUUUCCCAGCGCAGGUGGGCUUCCAGAAAAUCCCUGCACCUUUGCUGAAGAUUGGGGCCGCUGCGUUUGGGAACAGGUGAAGCCCUUUGUUCAAGAAUUCGUGAGCGACAAAUUGGAUGAAGCUUUCGCGGACAUCUGGACAGCGACCUUUCAGGGAUAUCAGACCCGAUUGUGGGCGUUGAAUGCAACAGCCUACAAGAACUCGAAAAAGUUCCCCAAUGGCACCAUCAAACACAUGUCAAACAAGACCAGAGAUCGAAUGCACGAUGACCUCAAAGCAGUGCAUGAUGCGAUGCUGGGGAGGUCUUUCUGGUGGACCGUGCGAUCAAAACCACAGCUGGAGCCUACUUGUCCCAGUUUGCGUCGUUGCAUGUGA